CAAUGGUUAAAGAAAUUGAAUCAUGCAUGACCUGAUUUGAAAUAAUUAACACUACUUUAUGAAGGAUAUGACCUCAAAAGUUCCACUUCAUGUCAAGGAAUGGCAAAUAACAAAGAAAAAAGAAUUUAACUUUGUUGGCCAAAGAUAUACCAAAGCAGUGUAACCUUUAUUUCUGGUACAAACAAAAGAAGGAAAAGCAAAGCCAUUAAACCAAACCAUUCUGCCACUUGGAAAGCAAUUUGGAAGUAGCAAAUUGGGAGUUCAGUGUUUUGAUUUGCCGCAAAAGAAGACAAAAAUUAUUAUUAGAUUGUGUUUUGAGUAUGCUUUUAGGUAUUAGAGCAUGAUUAGUGAAGGCCAAGAAAAUUAAGUAGCUUUUUUAUUAUUUUACAAGAAAUUUUGUACACUAUAAUCCAAAACAUGAUAUCAGAGCUUCUCUAGUUCUAAACUUUAUGCCUACCUAUCUAGAAAGAACUCAACACUACAUAAUUUCAUAAGAAUCAAGAAAACAAUUUUUACAUGAACAUGAACAUGAAGGCAUCCAAGGAACUACACCUUCUUCGUUGUUUUCUAGUAUUAUGCAGUGUCAUGUUAGGUUCUUCUAUAGCCAACCAUGAUAAGAAAGACUACUACUGUGGUAAUAUCAGAAGAGCUCAAACACCUUUCUUGAAUCCCAGUCCUUCAAUGUUAAGUAGCAUCAUCUUGUGCAGAUCUCAGAACCUCUACUUCAAAACUUCCCUUGGCCUUUUCCAAGUUUCUUCAGUUGAUUUAAAUGGUAGCUUACUAACUAUCUCUCACUCACCUUGUACUUCUUCUCUCCAAUACCUUUCUCCUCUGGCUGUCACAGCAGGUUUACCUUCUCCACCAGAACCUAACUCACUUAUUCUCUUCAAUUGUUCAAUCACAAGAUACCCCUUUUUGCCACUCUUGAAAAACUGCACACACAUAUAUAAAUGUGGAGGUGCUGAAGAGCAUGAGAAAAGUCCUUAUUCAUGCUUAGUUAUUGAAGACCUUAAGAAAGUGGGUCUGGGUUUUCAUCCUCGAAAUUUGAACUGCUCCCAUUAUACCUGGGCACAUAAAAGUUCUUCACAUGGUGAAGAUCAUGGAGAAUUGAAGUUUGGAGCAAGGAUAUCUUUCAACACUCAUGUGCCAGAUAUUUGUAAGGGGUGCCAAAAGCCUAAUGACACCUGCGGUGCCGGGUUGAAUUGUUUAUGCCAUGCAAAAGAAUGCAAAGACAAGGUCAUAUCCGAGGUUGGAUCCAUAACAUUUACUGGUACCGUUUAUUUGGCUUUGCUAGUUAGCUUUCUCUCAUUGGUUUAGUAGCUUUCUUCUUAUGGUAUGUCUAACCAAGAUUAUAUGUAAGGAGUGAGUAGGGAGUACUUAGGUAGUUAGGUUGGAGUGCUCUGUUCUUAUAUAAUUAUUUGCUAUAUGAUACUUUAAUCUCAUCUAUUGAAUGUAACUAGUACAUAACAGAAUUUAAGGGUGACUAGGAGGGCUUCUAUUACCUGCAACUGCAGUUUAAAACCAUAAUAACAGCUCGAGUGCCACUUCCUCUCUUCAUCAUGCAUCACAUUGAUCCUUUUUUCAGUUAGACGAUAAUACGUGGCAUAAAUGAUGCCAUUAUCUAAUUGAAACAUGUAAUCUUUGAAGUAAGCCUAUCCUUUACAUAAAUGCAGCAAGGACAUGACAAGUACCGGGAAAAAAGGGGAUCAAAUUGUUAUUUGUAAUCCUUUAUUAGCAGUGUCUCUUGCUGCCGCAGCAUCUCUGAUAGAGUUGUUGCAUCUUGCAAGGAAAAAGUGACCAAGCCUUGAAGGUGCUUCCACCAUGUUUGGCUUAAAAAGAUGUUCAUUCAUUUCAACAAGCAUGUGGUGGUCAUUUAAGGUCCUUGUAAGUUGUAAGUGCUUCAACAGCACUUUGAAUGAAAUGUGCAUCGUACCAUGAGAAACAUCAUUGAAUAUCCCUUGGUCAACAUUUUGCAUUAAAGCAUUCAUAUCAUAUCAUAAGUUGCUUGGGGCUUG